AUGUCUAGCCGAUCGCGUCAAAGACGCAAGCGUUUUAUCAGUGGGAGUACUUUGGAUGAGACCUCUUCUUGUCGUGCAAAGAAAAUGCUUAUAAGUACCGUACAUCAUUCCAAGUCACAAUGUAAUGAGCAGCAUACUUCUUUACCAUCUUCACCAAAUUCUCCUUUUCUGGAUUCCGCAAAUAUGCUAUUCCAUAAUUCUGAUAUCGGCUUGGGCACUUAUGUUAAUCGAAAGGAUAUUCCUGGUGAUCGUUCUGAUCCGGUUGAAGAUGAGAACUCAUUUCCCUCAAGCAUGUUUUCUGAAAAGCUUGUACAGCCCGGACUAAAUCUGGUUCCUGAACCUUCAUCAACAAACGAACAUGAUUCUGUAAGCCACAAAAAUUCCUCUGUUCCUAAUAAAAGUUUGUUAAAUUCCCGUCCGAGUACUAUACUUGAUGCUGAAUCCGAUAUCAACCUAGAUAGAAUGUUGAUUCAGAAUGAAAGAAUGGUUUUAACUCCAACUCCGGUGGCAACAGACGACCCAGGCAGUUCCGAGGGGGAGUACGAAAAUGAAAGUCGAGAAUCAACUUUGCAUCAAACUAAUCCUUCAGUUCGCCAUACCGCCUCAAGGAAUACGACCAGUCAGCCUGGUUUGGUUAGUGUUCCAUCUAACCGAACUUUGGAACUUGUUGAAUCCGAAUCACAGGGAAGUAUAUAUUCCGACUCAGUCAAGGUUUCCGUUUUCGAUACAAUAUCUCAGUCUACAGAGUGCAGUUCCGCUAGGUCUGGGAACUUGUCAGCACUAAAUUCUACUUUAACCAAACCCAGUGGAUUUGUGGAGUCAUCAACGCCGAAUUGUUUCGUGGCACUGGUGAAUUGUAGUCCUCCACUUCAAAUUCUCUCCAGUCAGAAAAUGCAUAAAACUGUUAGUUGUCAUCGAACUACCACUUGUUUUUCCGAAUCUUCAGUUUUACCAAAUAUGGAGAAUAUUGAGUAUCAUGAUUCAUCGGGUAGUAAUGGGAUGAUUGUAACGUGUGGUUCUCAUUGCUCUCACAGGAGCACAAAUGGAAGUCCCUAUAAAAAGGAAGCUGAAUCAAUAAAACAAAAUCCCUGUAGUUUCGAAAAUCAACCUCAUAACUUUCACUCAACAAUAAACGUGAACGACUUCUCAAGAGAAGCGCAACAUAAGGUUCUACUAAGGACAGAGUCACUGUCGUCUUCAGUUUCAAUCAGUAAUAACAAUUUUCUCCCUGAUAAAUUUCAACUGACACAAAAGUCUGAUGAUAUCUCUACAUUUCCUCCUGACCACAUUUUCAUCAUAACUAUUCCGAAUCCUUCUGAGGUACCACCUACUUUUGUUAAGAAAUGCAGAGAUUCUGAAAGUGGUUUCUUCGAUACUCCCACGUCUCAUAAUGUAAAUAAUAUCCCAAGUCCAGAAGUCGGUCACAGCUAUCCUCUCCGAUCCCGCCUACGACAGGCAUCCUUGCGAUUGCAGUGGCAAGCCAUGCAAGUAGCUCCAAAGUCAUUUGGGCAGUUACCUACAGAAGUUGUGUUUCGCAUUAUCCAGUAUUUGAGCGUACAAGAUGUAUUUCGCCUUCAGCGUGUUAACCACCGAUUCAAAUCUAUUAUUGAGCAGUAUCUUCUACUGGUUAAGCGCAUUAAUUUUAGUAAUGGUCUCCCGUUCGCAUUCUUACCAGAUUCAAUCACUGAUAUAGCUCUGAAACGCAUGCUAAGCCGUACGCCGGAAGUCACACAUAUUCUUGGCUUUUAUCCUCGUAAAAUAGCAGAAUCAUAUCCAUCCGACGGACAAUACUCGAACAUAAGUUCUGGUCAUAAUACAUUAACCUACGGUGGGAUCAUCACAGCCUUUCGACUUUGUCCGAAACUCCGUUCAGUUGAACUGAUGGAUGUCGAGUUGAUGAGUGAACUGGUUCGACAUCUCCCGCGCAUCAAAUUUCAUGGCAUGUUUCGAAACCGCCCAGAUUCUUGGGAUUGUGAAUACGCAGUUCCUCUACCACCCGAACCGAAUGCUGAAACUAUUUCAAUGGAUAGUGACCAUGACUCUAUGACAAACCUUCCAAAUUCAUGUGACGAGUCCCAUGUCGAUUCAAAAUCCAAGCCUCUUUUUGGCAGUUUUAUUAGCACGUUAUUUUGUUCCGCAACUGCUGCUUUAGCGCUGGGAAGUAGUCGUGGUAAGCGAAAAAAUGUAACUCGUUUAAAAUCUAAAAGCCAAACAGGAUGUGGAUGUUCCAUGCAAUCAUUCCAAUCUCUAAAUGCAGCAUUUUCAUUUCCAUUAUGGAAGAAUGAAAACAGUCAAUCACUUACACAGAUGACCGCACAAUCAGUCCAUAAGGUUGCUUUGCGUCAUGCGAAUUUUGCAAAUUGGUUUGAACCUAUCGGCGAGUUGCCUCUUGGCCAAGGUUCACCUUCUACAGUGCCUCACUUUCUUCCAUCUCGGCUGUUCACUGCAUUUAAUGGUGGUCCUAGUUUCCCUCCCACUCACGAGAAUAUCCCAAAUAGUUCUGUCCCACCUAUGGGGCAGGACUGUUACUCCAGUGCCGUGGAAUCUUUACGCAAUAUAGCUGUUUCACAUUUUCUGCAACCUGGUUUGCCACCCAUUGAAGCCGAGCUAAUUGCUGUGGCUCCCUUUGGCUAUUCUCGAUGUUCUUUACAUGGUGUAGGAUCUGGUCGGAACAGCAUUCGUAAUGCUCAUGGUCCAGUUUUAGCAUUUGCCUUCGGGGCUAUAUUCGUCCCUCCACAAGCAGUUUCGCCGUUUAUUUUGCCGUCCAAUAACGCGUCAAACUGCCGCUUUAUCGAUGCAAGACAGUAUAAUGCCGUCCUAUUGGGAGCUAACUUACUGCGCGGAGCACAAGGACCUCAUCUUGCGUUUGAGCGUAUAUUCAACUUCCCGCAAAAUGUUAAUCAAAAUAAUGUUCCACGUCAAGUUCAGCUGCACGAUCAGGUAGGAGGGCGAAACCAACAAAGACAACACCCUCAACGUUUUCGUCGACCACGUACGAGCAUAACAAGCUUAAAUGCUUCCGGUCCAUGGUUGGUUUCCCCAUUUCCAAGUCAACUGCAGUGGAUUAUUUUACCUCAUGCUAUUACAAAUCUAACCAAAUUAGAUCUAGUUUCUGUCGCAAUUAGCGCUAUUCCACGACUAGACAAUAUUAAAUAUCUACAUCUUAAAUGGGUUGUAUUCGCUUCAGCUGAUCCAUUCUUCAGUUUUUUGGCACCGAAAUUGCAAUCAUUUGUCAUGAACAACUGUAGUACACCAUCAAGAGUUGUUCGAUUUGUUCGUAUUUUCUCGGCUCUUUCACGGGCUCCUCAACUUACACGGCUUGAGUUGGUUGGUACACGCUUCAUUGAUGGUCUAAUCGGACACAUAAUUGAUGACAGUAUGUCCCAUGGGCGCGGAUUUCGUAAUCUUCAGCGUUUGGUGCUUUCUAGCAACAAAGAUGCAUCUGAAGUAGAUAUUGGAUUGCUUCUGCUGGCUGGUCAACAGUCUUUGAAUCAAGUAGCUCUCCAAAUGCUUCAUACACGAAAUUCAUUAUUUGAAGGUCUCUAUCAUGCCGGUGCUGAAUUUCCACGUCUUGAAAGUCUUACUCUUGGUUAUUUAGAUCCUUACCAGUCACGUUUAACAGUUUCUGAAUUGAUGAGUUUAGGUAUUGGAGAAUCAUCUGAUCAUUUGUCACCUAUUUGUAUGAUAACCGAUUGGGGUAUAGCGCUUGCAUUUUUCAUCUGUCCUCGACUUGUAAAUAUUGUCAUUCGAAAUGCACCAUAUUUAAAUGAUAUAACACGAUGGUUUUCUGCUGGAUUUUGCGAUGAAGAAUCACUUCACAUUCGACCGACAAUUGUACCUUCAUCAGCUAGCGAGGAUUCUACUCAACCGGCUGCUGACUGUCAAGAAAAUUCUACACAAACUUGUGUAACAGACAAACUUUCAAAAACCUAUUUCUUACCUCUACGAUCACUAACAUUGGAAAACUGUUCUGGAAUAUCACUUGAAAAUCUUGAACGCGUUCUAACUAGCGGACAUCCUUUCCCAUGUUUAGAAACUGUCGUCUUAAGAAAUAUGUUUACGCCUCAAUAUGGUGAGAGCAAAGGGUUCAUGAAUACACCGCAUCUUUUUGUUGAUCAACAUGAUCAAUGUGUUACUGGACAAUGUAUAGAUUGGCGUAAACUUGUUCACCUUUUAUGUUUAUCAGAUUUGUUAAGUACUCGUCGACUGGGUUAUUCUCCUUUAUCACCCGAAGACUGUAUUGGCUUAGGUGCAUCCGUUCGAGAAGUAAUUCAUAUGAAUCCACCACGUGGUUUUCUACCAGAUUCUUUACGAACAAAACCACAUGAUUUGUUUUGUUCACUUCGAGCUCAUACCUACUUGAAUAGUCUGUUGGAAUUAGACGGUUCCUGCGGUUGGUCAGUAUCAGCACCGACUAGAGUGAUUAAAACGUUGUUUUCACACAACAUACAUAUCCCAAUGUCAGAUGUUCCCGAACGAUAUUCCAGUAAACCGGAUGAUGAUAAUGAUUUUAUGUCUCGUUCCACACAAACAUGCAUUUGCGGUGUAUUAGAAUGGGAUGUUACUCUAAGAAUGUCACAGUCACAAUUGACUACUGAUCAAAAAAUUGUGAGAAGUAAACUUGUUUCUCCUGACAACUCAAAAAAUAUUCAAAAUUGCCUCAAUAUACGUAUUGACACCGAAACUAGUCGAAACACUGUUCCAACUACCGGUUCACACUCUGGAAAGACAUUACUGUUACGUUCAACAGUAAAUCAAAAUAACGCUUCUACUCCAAUGGCAUCUCAAUUGCAACUUGGUGGUUCUUUAGCAUUUCAUCCUUUUCCUCCUUCGAUUCAGCAUAAAAAUUUCUAUAGGAUGAUUACUAUGUCAGAAUGGAAUCAAUUGAUUGCCAAGAUGUCCACGCCAUUUGGUCUUCCAUGUUGUCAGAUUAUUUACCCUGUGACUGGUUCAAACGAGUGCUCAGGGUGUGCUUCUGAUCCACUGCUUUUUUCUCAGGGUAUUUCAAACUAUCAAAUAUCUGCUCCUUGUAAAUUAAUCAAACAGUCUAGUCACACUGCUACAAAAUGGUUAGCUCGUGAUGCAUGUAUAGAUACUAGUGAAUUAAGAUGUUUUACAUUGCCAAAACCACAAAUCCUUAAUAUUUUACAACCAUUGAAUGCUAUUCAUAGUUGUUUAACUUCAUUACACUUUGAAAAAGUUGGGAUUUCUCAUAUAAAUUUGUGUGAAUCUCCACAUUUGAAAAAUAUCACUUUAGAAAAUUGCACUGAACUAAAAGCUAUCUUAUUUGACAAUCAUUCUUCAAUAGUUGAUUGUACUAAUCAUCUGAAUAAUGUCAACUACAAAGCUGUCGAUCGAUUCCCAGCACUUCGACGUAUUCGAAUUAUUAAUUGUCCAAAGUUUGCAAUCUAUAAUUUCCUAUCCAGUGUUGGUCAACUUUACCCUACACACAAUGAAAAUAUAUCUAUUACAUACAGACCAUUUGGACAAUAUAAUACUCAGGUAGAACGAGCAUUAUGGGAUUAUUGUCAGCAUGCGCACAUACUUAUUUCACACGACUACAAAGUUUGGGAAAGUGAACGUGCCAUGGAAGAUUUUCAUUCUACGUUUGAUCAGUUGUUCAGAGAAGUGAUCAAUUUCUCUGAUAUGGUUAUUCGUCGGGACCUCCUUCCUGUGUAUCCUCAGCCCAUGGAAUAUAUACAAAAUUCAUUUUAUAAACGCUGUGAACUUGGUUUUGAGUGGGAUUUUAUUACAGAUAUACCAUGGGUUCAUGAAGUAUGUUGUUCCCUUCUUAAAAAUAAUGAACUACAUCGAUCUGAUCAAGCUGAUCAACUUUAUGAAUUACUGUCGGAAUAUCAAGCAGCUUCGGAAAAUUUGAAAAUUCAACGACAUGGUAUACAUUAUCAUGUGCAAUUUCGAAAUGUUCAUUCACACAUUGAUAUGUGUAAUAACGAUUCGUCGAGUAUGGUAGACAACGAUAACUUAAAUUAUUUCUUACAGCGUAAACCUACUUCUUAUGUUAACUGGCCAUAUUCUGAAAAUAAUCUACUUUCUACCUAUCCUUCUGAUGAUCUCAAUACAUUGAAGAAUAUCUUAAAAGAAUGCCGCCCAUCGUCUGUUCAGAAUAUGUCUUCAGGCAAUCGUUCACAAGUAACAAUAAUUAAACAUGAUAAUAAUAUUGAAUUUUUACCUUGGAAACGUUUAUUACUAUCACAAGAAGAAAUAUUUAAUGCUGAAUUUGUGAAUCUUGACAAAUCAUCAAGCUUAUCAUCAUUCCCUAAUAAUAUGAAACAUUUAUCUAAACAAAAUUCUUUAUGCCAUAUGUCAAAUGCCAUGAAUAAAUCAUUUUCAACGUCUGAUAAUCGUUCGAAAAAAUGUACUUCAUGUCCCACUUCGAAUUUUUCCUCCUCUUCCACGUCCCGACAACAACAAUCGUCAUCCAUAUCUUCAGUAUCAACUACUAUAUGUGAUCAUUCUACUUUAAUCUCUUCCUCUCGUAAACGUUCACUUCCUCCAACUAAAUUAUUUUCAAAUUCUUGUAAAAAGUUGAAGUUAAAACAGUGAUUAUCUCAUUUUAUUUAAUGGUUUGUAUGUAUGUAUGUAUGUAUGUUUGUUUGUUUGUUUGUUUCUGUUUUUAUGCUUGUGCGUAGACUCAUGUAUGUACUGACCUGUUUCUAAUCACUCAUUUCCUUUCUGAUUCAUUCUCUCUUUGUUUAAUUAAUUAUUUGUCCUAUUUCUUAUUACACCUAUAUCUUGUAGUCUUCUCUUAUUAAAACUUUGUUAUCAAUUCUCUGCUCCUUAACAAACAAACACAAAAUUGUAUACAGCUUUUGAGUUCUCUUUCUUAUCGUAUAUAUAUAAUACUUUUUGUCACACACACACAUUCAUGCACAUUUUCUUUUUAUUUGAUUACCGUCCCGCUCCACCUCUUGACAUAAUCAUCA